AUGUCAGGUCCUCCACCUCCUUAUGAAGAGCAAAGCUCGCACCUUUAUGGGCAGCCUGCGAGGGACAGCCAGGAUGGCGGCGCUUUCAUCCCAGAAGAUUUCAAAUACUCCACCGUGGUCGUCUCAUGCGAACCCAUCAUCCGUCAGCGGUUUAUGCACAAGGUCUACUCCCUGUUGUCAUGCCAGCUACUGGCCAGUCUGUCGUUCUGCUACUGGGCCAGCGUCUCCAGCUCCUUGCAGAAUUUUAUCAUGUCGCAUAUCGCCAUCUUCUACAUAUGUAUGGUAGUGUCGCUGGUAUCGUGUAUUUGGCUAGCAGUGAGUCCUCGUCCCGAGGACUACGAGGCCAGCGUUCCCGAGCCAUUGCUCACGGGCCACAAUGAAGAAACGACACAAGAAGAAAGACGUCUUCCCUGGUACGUCCUGUCCUCGUACAGACAGAAGCUCACGCUACUGUCUGUUUUCACCCUCUCGGAAGCAUACUGCCUGUCACUAGUCACUCUGGCAUAUGACAAGGACACCGUGCUGUCGGCGCUGCUGAUCACCACCAUCGUCGUGGUCGGCGUCUCUUUGACCGCAUUGUCCGAGCGAUUCCAGAACGUGCUGAACUCCGCAACGUCAAUAUACUAUUGGCUAAAUUGGGGCCUAUGGCUUAUGAUCGGGAUGGGCCUCACGGCCCUGCUCUUUGGCUGGAGCACUCACUCGUCCAAGUUCAACCUCCUUUAUGGAUGGCUGGGCGCCAUUCUGUUCACCGCAUAUCUGUUCAUCGACACGCAGCUGAUCUUCAGGAAGGUGUACCCCGAUGAAGAAAUAAGGUGUGCCAUGAUGCUUUAUCUGGACAUUGUCAACCUGUUCCUGUCCAUCUUGAGGAUCUUGGCCAACUCUAACGACGAUAAUUGA